GAGUUUUUAAUUGAAUGGCGUUUUUAACCUGAUGAUCUAAUUAGACCAAAGAAAUGGUUUGACACCAGGUCAGAACGUGUUCCUUCACGCAGAGGGUUGGGAGCUGUGAGAACGUGGGCUACACUGCCCUCAGGCGGCUGCUGAUUUCUCAAACAUAUGGAAAUGUAAUACAUUUGUUUACAGUCGAGUUGAUGAAUGGGCAAAAAAAAGUGGCCCUCGAGACCAGUAAACACCGCAGGAACUGCCAACAUUAGGACACUUUGGGGUCGACGCUCGCAGAAAGGCCAAGAUCGUGGCCCACUCCAUCGGCUUCCAAACUGUUUCUCUCGUGUCCUUACGUUCGCCACCAAAGGCUUUGGUGACUGACCUCCAUUUGCUGCGGUGCCCGAUGCUGAGUGUGAUCAUCUGCUGCCCACUUCUGGGCGCUGGAGAACCCUUGUAACGACUUGACUAGCUCCCGUUCGCUGUGUGCUGACUGAGAGCGAUGGAGAUGAAAGGGAUUCAGCAGGCGGUGGCAGGAGCCCGAAUGGCCUACAGAACGGGCCGGACGAGGCCUCUAGCGUUCCGUGUGAAGCAGCUGAAGGCUCUGCAGAAAAUGCUCACUGAGAACGAGGAUAAAAUCUUCCAGGCUCUCAAGAAGGAUUUGCAUAAGAGUCAGUUUGACGUGGCCAUUUUUGAAGUGGUUGGCCUCCAGAACGAGAUCACACUGGCUCUGAACAAACUGCCCGACUGGACUGCCCCCGAGUUCGUCUCAAAGAACAUGCUCACCAUAAUGGAUGAAGUUUACAUCCACAGAGAACCUCUGGGUGUAGUCCUGAUCAUGGGGGCCUGGAACUACCCACUAGCUCUUGUAAUCCAGCCACUAAUUGGGGCAAUUGCAGCAGGAAACGCUGUGGUCAUCAAGCCUUCGGAAGUGAGCGAGAACAUGGCUCAACUGCUGCAGAAAUUGCUGCCUCAGUACUUGGACAAGGAGUUGUACCCUGUGGUGAACGGAGCGGUGCCAGAGACCACGGAGCUACUGAAGCUUCAGUUCGAUCACAUCCUGUUCACGGGCAGCUCCAGCGUUGGUAAAAUUGUCAUGGAAGCGGCCGCCAAACACCUGACCCCAGUGACCCUGGAGCUCGGAGGCAAAAGUCCCUGUUACAUCAAUAAGAACUGCAAUCUGGACGUUGCCUGCAGGCGUAUAGCAUGGGCUCGCUAUGUAAACUGUGGUCAGACUUGCAUUGCUCCAGACUAUAUCCUCUGUGAUGAGGGGAUCCACGAUAAAGUAGUGCAGAAGCUCAUUGAAUCCAUUAAAAUGUUCUACGGUGAUGAUCCCCAGACAUCCCCCGACUAUGGUCGCAUUGUGAACAGGCACCAUCUGAGUCGGCUGCUGUCACUGCUGGAGGGGCUGAAAGUGACGCAUGGAGGAGACUACAACACACAGCAACUGUACCUAGCGCCCACGAUUGUGGCUAACGUGGAUCCCAACGCCAAGGUGAUGCAGGAGGAGAUCUUCGGCCCAGUGUUGCCGAUCGUCCCCGUUGCCGGUGCAGAGGAUGCCAUUAACUUCAUCAACAACCGGGAUAAGCCCCUGGCUCUCUACAUCUUCACCAAUGACAAAAAGCUGAUCAACAGAAUGAUAGCUGAGACCUCCAGUGGAGGCGUCACAGUAAACGACUGCAUGAUCCAUUACAGCAUCAGCUCCCUGCCUUUUGGGGGCAUCGGUAAAAGUGGUAUCGGAGCGUACCACGGAAAAUUCACCUUCGAAACGUUUAGCCACCGUCGAGCUUGUGUGAUCAAGUCCUUCAGGAUGGAGUCGCUGAACAGUGUUCGUUACCCACCUGCCACCGAGUCCAAGCUGAAGUGGACCCGCUGGCUGCUGAUGAAGUCUCAUGGGAGCAGCAGAAUGAAGCAGAUGAUGAUCGGUUUGCUGGGGGUGCUGAUUGCUAUGGCGCUGAAGUUUUAUUUUCUGUGAAGCCUGAGGGGCAGCCUGACCGAGAAGAAGCCUGCAUCGCAACUCACCUGAUCACCCAGUGACUGGGGUUAGGAGAGAGCAGAGAAUAACCUGUGAUAUGAUUUGUGACUAAAAGCUUCUAUUGCUGCAAA